AUGUCUCCUCGCAAUGUGUGCAUUACGGCGGUGGAUGGUCAAACUGGCUAUCUCAUCGCUGAAUUGCUUCUGACCGAUUCAACUUUCUCAAAGCAUGUCAACUCCGUCACCGGCCUUUCUCUUCACCCAAGCUCCCCAAAAUGCAAGGAACUGACUAAGCUCGGUGCCAAAAUCGUGACUCAUAAGCAUGGCAAAGUGAGGGACAUGGUCAAGACACUCAAGGAAACUGGAUGCGAUGCGAUCUGCCUCAUCCCUCCCACUCACAAGGACAAAUUCGACAUCACACUGGAGCUGAUCGAAGCCGCAAAGAAAGCGAAUGUCCCCAAUAACCUCUUUCUAAGUUCCGCUGGCUGUGAUCUCGCCGACGCGCAAAAGCAGCCUCGACUUCACGAGUUCCUCGAGCUUGAAUCACGUGUUCUCGCCACCAAGGGUCUUCCUGAAACAGCUCUGGGAACGUCGCCUGUCAUCAUUCGAGCAGGAUUCUAUGCGGAGAAUCUCUUGCUCUACUCGCCCCAGGUUCAAGAGGAUAGCGUGUUGCCGUUGCCUGUUGGAGAGACACACCAGUUUGCCCCUAUCGCGCUUGGUGACGUCGCACAAGUGGCCGCGCAUGUUCUUUCAGGGAAGGGAAAGAACGGAUUCAGCGACAAGCACCGUGGACAACUCAUCGUUCUGACAGGACCUAAGUUGAUCUCGGGACCUUUGCUUGCUACAGAAGCAAGCGAGGCGUUGGGGGUUAAAUUGGAGUUCGAAGAUAUCUCAGAGCGCGAAGCUAAGAGAGUCCUCCAUGCUCAGUCCAAGAGCGAUGAGUCCGAGAAGGAGUAUCUGCUCGAGUACUACUCUCUGGUUCGUGAGGGUAAGACCAACUACAUCUCUACCUUAGCCUUUCAUGAUGUCACCGGCAACCACCCAACCGAGCCAUCUGAGUUCUUCAAGAUGUAUGCUGAAGGCUUCAUGCCCGAGCAUCCUCAAAAGAAGAGAAAGACCGAGAAUGGUCGUUAG